GAUGAAAGCGGCAAGAAGCUCUCAGUGGAAGUGGCCAUUAUGGUUAAACUUGCAGGUGAAGCAGAAGGGUCAGUGGGAAUAUCUGCACCUGUGUCCUUGCUGGAGUGGUUCGACCUUGGCAAAGAGCUGAUCCUGGUGCUGGAGAGACCUGUCCCCGCUGUGGACCUGCAAAAAUACAAAGCAGAAAAUGGAAGAACUUUAACAGAGGACAAGGCCAAGGUCAUUCUGAAGCAACUAGUUGAUGCUGUAAAGGAACUUGAGGAUAAACACAUCUUUCAUCGGGACAUCAAGGGACAAAACAUUCUGAUUGAGACCGGCUCAGAUGUGCCUCGUGUUCGCAUCAUUGACUUUGGACUGAGCUGCUUUGUUAAACAGCGAUCUCUGUAUCGCAUCUUCUAUGGCACUCCUCUUCACAUCCCUCCCGAGUGGUACAUUAGGAGCUGCUACAGGUGUGGACCCACCACGGUGUGGCAAAUGGGAGUGGUGUUGUAUGAAGCGCUUCAUGCACGAUACUUUAGUACCGCGAGGUUCCUCACAAAGAAACUGAGCAUCAAAAAGCGUCUGUCCACAGAAUGCCGGAAUUUCUUGGACGCAUGUUUAGCUAUAGUCCCGGAGAAGCGCCCAACACUGGAGGAGCUCCAGCUUCACCCCUGGCUAAGAUAACACACACAAACACACAAUUCACACCUUAUCAUAUAAGUAUGAUACAUUGUAGUAACUUCCUUUCUUUUUUCUGUUGGACAGGAAUAGAUAGAAUGGGUCAAUCUUAAAAAAUAAAUAAAUAAAAAUUUAGCUUUUUUGGAGUUCCUGUAACCCCCCCAGCCAUCCCAGGAAAGGGGAUCUCUCUUUGAAUGGGCUUUCCCGAGGUUUCUUCCCAUCGAUCUGGCCCCCUGGGGAGUUUUUCCUCGUCUUCAUAGAGAGCUUGGGCUGGGUCAGGAGCUCCAUCAAAACUGUCUUUAUUUGAUGACUUUAAAAUAAAGAUGUGUUUUACUUAAAGUAAAAUUUGAUCAAAAUAAAACUUGUUUAAUUCA